AUGGUUAUGAAAAGCCUGAUUCAGACUCAGACAAUUCCCAGGGAGAGGGAUGGAGUUGGUGGUGAACACCAGCGAGUUCACACUGAGGAGAAACCAUUCGUCCGCUCCAAGUGUGGGAAAGGAUUCACUGAGUUUUCCAAUCAGUUGCAACACCAGUGUGUUCACUCUGACAAGAGAUCCUUUGAAUGUCCAGAUUGCAGAAAUUGCUGUAAACUUUCUGGGCACUUGGCAUUUCAUCAAUGGCUUCGCACAGAGGAGAAACCAUUCAGGUGCUCUCACUGUGGAACUGGGUUCAGGCGAUCGUAUGAUGUCACUGUCCACCAGCAAAUCCACACUGGUGAGAGGCUGUUCUUCUGCUCUAAGUUUGGGAAGGGAUUCACUCAACUGUCUGAUCAGCUCAAACAUCUGCGACUUCACACUGGGGAGAGAAUUUUUAAAUGUCCAGACGGGGAGAAGGGCUAUAAAAGUUCUGCUCAUCUCAGUGUCCACCAGCGAAUUCACACAGUGGAAAGACUGUACACUUGCUCCGAGUGUGGGAAAGGAUUCACUGAUCCAUCCCACCUUACUGUAUACCAGUGGGUUCACACAGCGGAAAGACCAUUCACCUGUUCUGAGUGUGGGACAGGAUUUACUCAGUUAUCAGAUGACCUGUCCGAGCAAAAUGUUCACACUGGUGAGAGACCAUUCACAUGCUCUCACUGUGGAAAUGGGUUCAAGCAAUCAUCCCAACUCACUGUACACCAAAGAGUUCACACUGGGGACAGACCAUUCAAGUGGAGGAAAAAAUUCAUUGGUUAA